GAACGGACGGAUGCUGCAAGCUGAUCAUAGUCGGUGCCAAUACACUCUCAGCAGAUGACCAGCUUUCAGUUAUGGACAACCCUCUCCCCCUCCUGGACACCCCAAAGAAAGCAUCUCUGCAAAGGAAGGCCGACAGCCUCCGCACUGCUCUGAAAGAAUACGAACGCACCUUCGCAGCUGCUCACGAUGGUCGCAAGCCGGGUAAGGACGAUAUCAAGUCCGACCACGCCAUUGCCACAAAAUACAAGGAAUACAAUAAAGUCCGCGACGUGCUCGCCGGCAAAGUCGGCCUCGACGCUGUCAAUCCACCACAACCCAAAGCGAAACACGUUCACACUCGAACAGACAGCGCAAUCAGUCUGACUCCGCACCAGCCUCGAAACAGAAGCACACCGUUGAAAGCGCGCGUUCAUCCUAACGAGAUCGAUCCCUAUGAUGCGCCGUCAUCUAUAUCGCCGAAAAUCACUUUCCACGCCAUCGGGCCAACACCGCGGAGAGAUGGUACUGUGAUUGGAAUAUUUGACAUGCUUCCACCCUCCGGAUCGAUCAGGAGCUCUCAGGAGACGCCGUCUAGUAGGAAGAGAAAAGUCGAUGCGUUUCAGGACGAUCCCAGUGACGGCACGCAAGCGACGAUCACGCAGACACCAAGCCAAAGGCGCAGUCGCCGGGCAGAGUCCGGGAAGGAUCAUAACAUAACGGCGACACCAACGUCACGAGACUCACCAAACCGAAAGCACUCCAAAACGCCAAUCAGCCAAAGCAAGCGGUUCAUGCUGGACCACUUUUUCGCAACACCAAGCGCCGUACGCUUCUACAGUCUGGUCCAGCACGAUAACGACGAUGAUGACGCUCACGCCACCGGGAUGCCUGCCCAGACUAAGACACCGCUGCGCGAUGCUCUGCUAGGUAUUUCUCCUGCAAGGAAGAAUCUAGGAUCGGAAACAGAUGCGACCCCGCCGUAUUUGAAGCGCAGUUUCAGCUUCAAAGAGCGCUUGCUCUCGGCGUCGGGUGGAGGACCGAGCUCGUCAGUUUCGAUGAGAGGGAAUAUACAUGUGAUCACAAGUCCGACGCAAAUCAAGAAAGGGCCGCGAGACUUGCGAGGUGCAAGAUUCGCGCCGAAGCCCUUGAGUCAGAUGAUUGCCGAACUACAGAGUCAGACCGAAAUCGUGCAAGGGGAUGACGAUCGUGUUGACCACGAUGAUGAUGACGACGAUAUGGACGCGCUACGCGAGAUGGAAGCGGGUGAAGUCAAUGUACUGGUGAACGAUAGCCAGGCCGGAGCUCUUGGGCAAAGUGCAGAAGCAGAACCUCCGAGGGUGUGGAAGAAAAAGGGCCAGAAACGAACGACAAGGCGGGUCAUGAUGCGACCGGUGAAGAUGAAGCCUGCCGCGGCGCCGAAGUUUGUAGCUGCGGAUGACGACGAUGUGGAAAGUAGUGAGGAUGAACUGGUGCUGGACAACGCACGCGCGGCGAGAGGUGACGAUGGCGAGGCGGAGGUGUCACGGGUUGAGGAAACGCAGCUCGUCAAUGAAGCUGUUGCGAAUGACGGUGCUGUCGACGAAGAGAUUGACGAUAUGGAAUAUCUCAUUGCCGAGGCUGAAGCCGAGCGAGACGGUGAAGAUGCAGAUGCCGAUCACGUUGAUAGCGACGAUGAAUUUCUCCUCGAACCGGAAGACGUCUCGACUCCAGCGACGAAGAAAGCCAAAGCCAGUACCAAAUCAAAGGCAAAAGACAAGGCCAACAGCAAAGCCCAGACAGAGAAGGCGAAGGGCGAGUCUGACAUUGCGGGCAAAUCUUCGUCGAGGAAAGGAUCGAAAGCGAAAGCAAAAGCAAAAGACGCACCAGAGGAUGGGAAGACCCGGACGAUCAAUCCAAAUGCCUAUUCGCAUAUGAACUUUCGGAGUUUGAAGAUCAAGAACAAAAAUUCCAAGGCAAAGGGGCGUGGGAGGUUUGGCAGAGGGAGAAGAUGA